AGUAUUCCCUGUCCUAGCCGCUCUUGGUGCCAGUUACCUGCUGGCUGGCGCACGGGUAGAAACGCAGUCAUGAAAUUCACGGCACUGGUUUCGCCUUCCGGACUACUGGCGAUCUUUGUGGUCACCUCCGCCUACCCGAGACCGUUCCAAAACGGACAAGAGCAGAGACUGCUGUUAAACAACAAGACAAACGAGGAUAAUUUCGGUUGGUACGCUCCCAUCGCAAUGAUACUCGCCCCGUUACCGACUAAAAGCAGAGCAGUCGGUAACAUUCAGCACCAGCAGAUUGAUUUACUUCCGCAUUACGGGCCAGCAUCUGGAUGGCAUCGCUCUCCGUCCCAUUGGUCGUCGUCGAAUUCGCGUAAUUAUUACACGGCUCAUUACGGGAAUCAACGGUUUUCAUUCGCUCUUUCCGGUCGACCUUACCACGACGAUUCUCACAAGUACCAAUGGUCGCGAAUGAUGUGGUCGUUAAUGAAGACGGGAGCCGUUUACUUGCCAAAGAAAGCCGUCAGCAAUUUAAAUGCAGUUUCAAAUUCAAUAAACAGGCGACCGAUUGCGUCAGGUGGCAUAGCUCAAUCGAGAACGCCCCAAACUGUGGAUAAGAAUAAGAAACAAAGCCCUAUUAUUCCUUGGUUGAUCAAUCUAGCAGGGCCACCGGGAGUGCCAGGUACCGAUGGGCUUGACGGAGUCGACGGGAGAGACGGAAAGGACGGCAAAGACGGAACAGCUGGUGCGGCUGGUCCACCGGGAACUAAAGGAGAUCCCGGUAUACCCGGAAAAGAUGGGCGUGAUGGAUUUACUGGGCAACCAGGAGGUAUUGGCCCCAUUGGUCCACCGGGACAACAAGGAAUUCAAGGAUUGAAUGGGCCGCUAGGACCACCAGGAGUACCAGGGGAAAAGGGUGAAGACGGCAAGGACGGACGAGACGGGUCUGACGGAACUGAUGGAAAGGAUGGCACAAAUGGAGGCCCUGGUCCCGCGGGUCCGCCUGGAACCGCUGGACAGGACGGAAAGGAUGGACAGGAUGGACAACCAGGAGUUGCAGGACCUAUAGGACCUGCUGGGCAGGACGGAAAGGACGGAAAAGACGGCGAAGACGGCCAAAAUGGCAAAGAUGGCCAACCAGGAUUGCCUGGGCCACCUGGUACUCCAGGAAAGGACGGAAAAGAUGGCACCUCUGGAACUGCUGGGCAAUCUGGGAAGUAUGGACAAGACGGGCAAGACGGGCAAGCUGGUUCUCAAGGCGUUGUCGGCCCAGGAGGCACUCCUGGCACUGGUGGUACUCCAGGUCAAGAUGGAUCAGGAGGCAUUCCUGGUCUUCCGGGCACGGCUGGAACCAGUGGAAUUCCAGGUUUCCCUGGUAUCCCUGGAUUGCAAGGAGAACCGGGUGAUCCAGGCGCCGCUGGCCCGGCUGGGCCAGCUGGAGCGGCAGGAGCAGCUGGAACUGCAGGUACAGGUGGGGCACCUGGAUCUCCAGGGGCACCGGGAGCCCCCGGAGCCGCAGGACGUGGUUGAAUAAAUAAAUGUCUUUAUACUUGUUUCAUUGUUGGUUUUUGUAUUAUCAAGCAGAGGCGAUGAUUGGAAAUAUUACUCAACUUAUAUUUAUCUGAAAAAAAACUCUGUUGAAACUAUUUCAAAUGAUCACCACAAUAACAGUCACA